AUGGCAGACCACGACACGAUCAAACUCGAGCUGCCUGCGCAACUCAAAACUUUCAAAUUCACUUUCGAGUGCAGAAGACCGGGGCCCUUGACCAUUGAAAUUUCUAUGCAAAGGUCUCUCAAGCAGUCGAAGUCACAACCUAGUACUUCAGAGAGUCCAGACACCAGUGAAACACAGACCGAGAGGCUGGAAAUACUUACCCACUGGUUGCAGGCCCAGGAAACAGGGCUCACACAGAUGCUGGACCUGUUCCACAAGGCUUUACAGUUCCACUACACAAACCUAUACCUCCUUUAUCUCACGGCUUUCAUGAUUAUUUGGAGGAUGCCAUCCUCGAUUACAGGGUACUUACAGAAGCAAGAUCUUGGUAUUGCAACACCCAGUAGCCCUUUGCCUAACCUAGGUCCCAAUAUGCGCAGUCCCGAGGCUCUUAUUGCAGCUAUUGACCACUUUGAUGUGUAUGACAAUGCGACAGCCACUGGGCCUCGGCCCCUGACACCUCAUGAUGCACACCAACUCCCUGUUGACCCAGAGCAACAUGCUUUUGAACGGCAACUUGCAAGGACCUUCAAGGAGAUGCGAGAUGAAGAUGUGGAGCAUGUGGACCAAGUAGACAAAGGUCUGGAUGAUGAUGUUGAUAUUGAUGUAGAUGCAAACUUCGAUGAUCAAGAUCAAGACAGUUUCGAAAGUUUGAAUACUGGCCCCAACGAAGAUGACCCCGAUCCAUUCCUAUCAGAGGAAGUACUUGAUCCGCCCAACAAUAUGGAAUUUGCUGAUGUCCCACUGCACCUCCUCACUAUAUAUGCGCUAGUAUUAUGGUUGCAUCUGCAGUUCCAUCUGCCGAGAGUGGCUUGCAAUGCCUUGCUAGCUGUUUUUGCAUGCCUUUACAGUUUUGUGGUGUUUGGGUGCUGGCUCUUCAAGUCCUUCAUCGUCGUCGGCAUCAGAAUCCCCAUCAUUCUAACCCUGGACUUCUUGAGUGCCAACCAACCAACGAAGGCAACAAACUGUCUCAUCAACAAGUUUACACCUUCGACCAUCCAGGCACCUUUUCCUGCCUCAGCAUCCUUCCGCCUGUUGAUGGUGUCUGCGGAGACAUCACCUGACUUGCAGUCACCAUCUGGUAUCUCAGGUUUGGAGUUUGGAUCUUCAUGCAAUCGCUGUCGUGUUUCAGCUAUCAAUGACCUCUUGGAUGAAAGCGGCGUUGACAGCAUCAUCUACCUUAUCCUUCCACACUGGGUGCCAAAUAUUUUCCCCCUUGACUACUUUGCACGCCUCACCAUAUUCUAA